AGCACUGUUUUCUUUGAAGGAUUAGUUGGAUUUGUGUCCAAAUAACUCCAGAUUAAAAAGAAAAACAAAUAGUGUAUAUAAGGAAAAUUGCAUGGUAUAACACCAAAAAGUAUCCAAAAUUUAUUCACUAACCAAAAUAACACUUUCACCUCUCUUUUUUUUCUAUUUCUUUCUACCUUCUUUCUACAGAACUAAUUUCUCUUUUUUUUUGCUAUUUCACAAAUAAGUCCAAUUUAUAACCGAUAAGUAGUUUGUAUGGCUCACCCAAAACAAAAAGUUGUGAUUGACAUUAUUACAUAUCCGAAAGAGAAAAAGUCAUGUACAUUUUCAUUUUUAAAACUACAAUAUCCCAAAGAGAAGAAGUCAUGUACAUUUUCAUUUUUAAAACUACAAUAUCCGAAAGAGAAAAGUCAUGUACAUUUUCAUUUUUAAAACUACAAUAUCCAAAAGCGUUUCUUUCUGCUCCUAUCUCAAUACAAAGAUUUACAAUUGUUAUUUGUUAUAUGGUCUACCGUAACCAUACUUGGUUGUUAUAUGGUCUACCAUGACCAUAACUUGGUUGCAAGUGACACGGCUAAUUGCAGCACCAUUCAUAAAAAUCUGUUUAUUUUGCAGUGUACCGUGUAAUAUGGUUUCAAUCAUAGGAAAACAUCUGAUUUUAAAUUCACAAUUAAAAACAAGAACCAUGCGAUUGAAAUGCAACAACUGUUGGACUUUAAUUAAUUAAAAGGAAACAACGUUUCAGACAAAACAUAUUGGUUAUGAAUCAACAUACACGUUGAUUAAAAGACACCGUUUGAGUUAACGUAUGCAUUAGUUAAAGGUACUACUUGAGUUAUUAUAUAAAGUGGCAAGUGCAAUACGAGAAAGGAAGAGAAGGAGAGAAGAGAUAAGAUAACUGAGAAUCAAUUGGAUUUAAUCUUCUUUUUUCCUAUAACAAAUUUCUGAAGAAAAACUUCACAAACUCAAAGUAAAGUUUGCUAUGGUCUCGGCAGUGUGUUGUACAAAGAUCGAUAGUUGUAUUCGACGCCUACGAAACUACAUACACCAUUGUAGGGGUGAAAUUUUGUCUUAGGAAAUUGCUUAGGCGAACCUCUAUCAAACUACAUUCGGUUAAGAAGUGAGAAGAAAAACAUAAUUAUAUCAUAAAAGGGUUUAUCAAUCGAGUAAGAUUUAUAAAGGUUUAUAAACUCAAACGUAUUGAGUAGGUGAGAUUGAUUUGCAUAUGUACUUUGGAAUAACAAUCUAAGACAUAAUUGUCUUUGUUCUUUUCAAAGAAAGCAAGGUGGAUCAAUCUACUACAAUUGUGGAAAGUCACAUAGAGAAGCAUUUUGAUUCCGAGAAGUGGAUUUCAACAGAUGGCAACAAAAAUGCUGUUUUAUCUCACGACACUGAAUCUGGCACAGUGCUUGACUUCUGAAGGGCCAGAGUUACCUGUAGAAGGUGAUAUUCCUGAUGAAAUCGUUAUAGCAACAGAGGCAUGAACGCAAAACGAGUUUUUGUGCAAGAAAUAUCUAUUCUUAACGCUUUUGGACGAUGUCACGAUUCUCUCGACGAUGUUUAUCAUAUAUUCCAAACUUCAAAACAGUUGUGAGAAUCAUUAGAGAAGAAAUACAAGUCUGAAGUUGCAAGCGUUAAGACGUUCAUCGUGGGAAAGUUCUUAAACUUUAAGAUGAGUGACAUUGUUUUUGUGGUGAAACAAGUGAAGAAGACAAAAUUCCAAAUUAUUGCUCAUGAAAGAUAUGAGAUUGGCUGUUAAUUCUUGGAAUUAGAGUUAAACAAGAGUCCUAUGGUUAUUCACCUACUAUCAUUAUGGGAAACAAAAAGGGAAAAUUACUAGAAUGUUAUAGAAAAGUUGGUUUAUGACUAGAGUGUUAUACAUCUUUUUAAAUUACUAGAAUGUUUGUAUACCUCUUGUAAAUGAUAAUAAGGGCUUUUGGUUAAUUUUUUUUAAUUAAAAUUAUUUUAAAAAAUUAAAUUCACAUCAUUAAUUAAUUAUCCACAUCAGCAAUAGAGAACAAUCAAUUGUCUCUUUAAUUACAUAAAUGUUGAAAAAAACACAACAACACAACGUACAACUUCGUCGAAGAACUAAAGAAACCUUAACUGCCGUUUUUCUGAAAUAGUCGUCGACAUUGUGUUUACUCCCUCUUCUUCGAACUAACUCUCUGUCUUGUCUUCUCCAAUAUCGUCUUCCCCGAAAUCGUCUCCAAUCGUUUCUACGAAAUAUUCUUCGCUGCAAUCGCCCGAAAUCAUCUUCUCUGCUGCGUUUUUUGAGUUUGUGACUGAGUUUUAAUUUAUGUUGUGGCUGAGUUACUUUUCUUUUACGGCUGGUUUAUAUAUACAGUUGUGGAUGAGUUACUUCCCGCCAAUCUCUGAAAAUCUAGUUAUAAGAAGUGUGCAUUCCGAGGAGAAAAAGCAAAUACAUUCCAAAAAAAUACUCGAAUCGGCAUUUGUGGGAUGUAUUUAUUUAAGUUUAUUUGUGAUUUGAUACUCAUAUUUGGAUAAUCUAUUUUUUUCAGAUCUGAGUGAAAGAGAAGAUUGAACAAGAAGAGAAUGGAGGAGACGAAAAGAAGUGACAGAUUCAGCAGAGAUGACACAGAAGAGUUCAAUGAAGUUUGGAUACAUGGACGAGUUAUCACCGGAAUGGUGUAGAAAACCUGUAUUUUUGGUUUUCUAUGUAAGAAACAUAACUCACCCAUGUAUUUUGUGUUUGACUUAUGCUAUGUUUACACUACUCAGCCGUGUCGUUUACAUAACUCAGUCAUACUUCAAACAUACCCAAAAAUCAGAAAAUGUUUAGAUAACUCAACCGUAUCGUUUAGAUAACUCAGCCGUAUCGUUUAUAUAAAUCAGCCAUAUCUCAAACAUACCCUAAAAUCGGAAAACUAAAUUCAAGUACUUUAAGAAGUUAUAUUGAAGAUCAUCUUAUCACUGACAAGUGAAUAUAAAUCAACUGAAUGUGUAUAGUUUCUUGAAUUUCAAGUUGAGACUUUAAUUUGAACUUGAAAUAUAUUUUCUCUUACAAUCACUUAUACAAUUCUUACUUACAAGACUCUAACUUUAAUCUUUUCUUAAAUAUAAACCUCAAAUCAUAAACUGUAGAAUUAUAAAGUUAUAAAAAUUAUAAAUUUUAUCUUUGAACAUUAAAUCCAAUAUUUUUUAUUAUUUAAAGUUUAAGGUUUAGGUUUAAAGUUUAGGUUUAUAGUUUAGAGUUAAACUCAAAUUUUAAUCAUUUAAAAAAAUAAUCGUUAAUUUAAAAUUCCAUUUUAAAUUUUGAUUUAAACCGGUAACUACAUUCUUUAAAUUUAAAUUUUUUUAAAAAAAAUUGAAAAGAACUAAAAUUACAAAUUAUAUUGCUUUUUUUCAUGACCAUUGAUUGAUUUUAGUCUAAGGGUUCAAUAUUUUCAAUAUAAAAUUAUAAUAUUUUAUAAUGUUUUAAAAUUUAAACUACAAAUAUAAAUUAUAAAGUUAAAUAUUUCAAAACAUGAUCUCAAACCAUAUCUAUUUCAAACUUUUAACCCUAAACCACAUACUUUGACCUAUACCAUAAAUCAUUAAACUUAAAACUUUAAAAAAAAAAUAAUUAAUCAUCUACUAUAAAUUCUAACUACAAAUGUUAAAACUCUAAUAUUUUUUUUAUUUAAAAAUAUAAUCUUAAAUAUUAAAUCUAAACCCAAAACACUAUAUACCAAACCCUAAACUCACUCAGUUAUAUAUCAUAAACUUUAAACUUCAUAUUGAAACCACACAUCUAAAAAUCAACAUAUAAUCAUAAAAUCCAAGUUUUAAAAUUUAAAGCAUUAUCAAAAAUACACUUUAAUAUAAAAUAUUAUUUUAACCAUCAAAAUUAAAACAUUAACCAUUGAUUGUUUUAAUCUAAGGGCUGCAAAUCCAUCUUGUGGUUAUCUUCUAACUUCUUUCUCAUUGGUUAGAUUUUUUAGUACAAGGAUUACAAUUCUUGACCAUUGAUUAGUUUUUAUCUAAUGGUCUAAAAUGCAUUUUUUUUCUUUACUUUCUCUCUCUUCUAUUUGACGUCUCCUUCUCCUCUUCUUUUUCUUUCGGGAGUUCUUUACAGUUCCAGAUCUUCUUCAUCUCUCUCAUUUUCUGUCUUGUAAACAAGAAAGAUUCAUACAUUAUCAUUUAUUUCUUAUGCCUUAGUAUUUUUGGUUUGUAAAUCCUAGAAGUGAGAGAAGAAGACAUGUCAAAGAAGAAAAGAAGAUUAUCGGAGAAGAAGAAAAAGUGUCGAACAAGACUGGUCUUCGUCGUCGUCACGGAUAUUGAGCUUGUCGCCGUCUAUACUUGCCGACGUCAUCCUUGUUUCCGUUUCUCAGAUCCAUCUUUGCAGGUCUCCGUCUUCACCGUAUUCGCCACUACCACCGCUUGUCACCACACUGGUCACCUCUCUCUCUCUCUUUCAAUCUCUCUCGCUCUUUCUCUGUGUUUUGAAUUUGUUCUUGUUACUGGAAGGUGGAUAAGGCAGAGGAGCUUGAUGGUGGAGGAGGUAACAAAACCGUUGUGUGGCUUGAAGACAUCGGAGCUCAUGUGGUAACGGGACUGUGGCGGCGAAGGAAGAAGACACCUCCCGGCUCUCGUGAUAUGGAAGAAACACACGGUGGUUUAGUUAGGUUUAGAUUUUGUCGACACAGCUGCUAGCUUUUUUGUUUCUAGGUUUUAGAUUAGGGUUGGUUUAUAAUUAAACUCAGCCGUAACGUAUGCAUAACUCAGUUGUAAGUGUGCAUAAUGCCGCCGUAAUGUAUCUGAAUGGUAUAAGCCAGUCGUAACGUUCCUAUAACUCAGCCGUCAAGUGCAAUAUGUUUCGCGACGUUUUGUAUUUUAGGCGGGGAAAAAAUAUUUUGGACGGGAAAAAAAAUCAUUCCUUUAAUUCUGAACACAAUAUUUAAACUUUAAUAUUUUCUUAAAUUUGAACCUCAAACCCUAAACUAUAGAACUAUAAAGUUAUAAAAAUUAUAAAGUUUAUCUUUUGAACUCAUUAUUAAAACUUUAAUAUUCUCUUAAAUUUGAACCUCAAACCCAAAAUUAUAGAACUAUAAAGUUAUAAAAAUUAUAAACUCAGUCGUAACGUAUACAUAACUCAGCCAUAAUUUGAUUAUAACUUAGCCGUAACGUACGCAUAACUCAGCUGUAAAGUAUGCAUAACUCAGCCGUAACGUAUCUGAAUGGUAUAAGCCAGCCAUAACGUUCCUAUAACUCAGCUGUCAAGUGUAAUUUGUUUCGCGGCGUUUCGUAUUUUGGACGGGAACAAACUCAUUCCUUAAACUCUGAACAUAAUAUUAAAACUUUAAUCUUUUCUUAAAUUUGAACCUCAAACCCUAAACUAUAGAACUAUAAAGUUAUAAAAAUUAUAAAGUCAAACAUUUGAAAACAAUAUUAAAACUUUAAUAUUUUCUUAAAUUGGAACUUCAAACCCUAAACUAUAGAACUAUAAAGUUAUAAAUAUUAUAAACUCAGCCGUAAAGUAUGAAUAACUCAGCCGUAACGCAUGCAUAGUUCAGCCAUAACGUAUGUGUUGGAGACUCACAGUAUGAACUAAAGUUAUCAUAUUCAGAUGACGCACCAUCUAAGUCAUCAAACAUAUAAAAUCAGCUUUCAAAUUCAUUAUCUUCUUCGUCUUCUCUCAUUUUCUUACUUUUUUUUCAAUUCUCUCCUUUCUUACAAUUUACGGGACUUAGCUUCUUCAUCUCUCUUUGAGUCUUUCUUCUUCUGCAAGACGAUGAAUCCAAUGAGUGAGGGAGCAGCAGGAUGUCAGACCCCCAUAGAUGACACUGGAGGGAAGGAAGCUUCUUUUUUAACCGAUCAUCAUCGAAAAUGACUGUAGUAGAUCUGUCUCAGAUUUUCAAUUUUAAAAAAUCUAUGUUUUUAGACCCAGUUGCGGAAACAAUAAUUACCAGAUCCAUAAGAUCUCAGAGAAAGAUAAAUAAUAAGUUGAACAAGAUAGAUGAAGAAGAUGAAGAAGAUGAAGAAUGAAGAAUAACAUAGACCCUUAUUUUAUUGUUGUAACAUUAGUGAUGACAUGACAAAUCUGAAUUGAUGACAUGGCGGAUGACAUGAAAAAUUGGUUAGUCAGCCGCCAAACGAAUAUAUAACUCAGCCUAAUUAAAUCAGCCCUCAUGUACAAUGUAAGUCAAUCGAAAUGUGGAUACUAUUUCAGUAGUUAAUCUUUUGUUAAUAAAUCAGCUGUAAUUAGGAUGAAUAAUCAUAAGUCAGCCGUAUCAUCAAAUAAAUCAGCCGUCAAACAAAUGAUAUUCUAGUAAUUAAUCUUUCGCUAAUAAGUCAGCCGUAAAUAAGCUGAGUUUACUGUUAAUCCAUCCAAUUACGGCUGAUUAAAUAUAACCCAGCCGUAACAACAUCCCAUAAGCGGACCAUAAAUUCAAUAACUCUUUCAGUCGAUGUUCAUUAACUCAGCCGUGGAAACGUAACUCAGCCGUGUCUUAACUACAACUCAGCCAAAUUUUUCAGAAAUCAAACCGCCGAUGUAUAAGUCAACCGUAACUUGUGUAUGUAAGUCAACCGUUAUCCCAUAAAUCAUCCAGAUUUUUGUAAAUCAGCCGUAACUAACGGCUUAUUUUUGUUCUUAAGUAAGCCGUUUUCUUUUAAGUCAGUCACGUUGUUUAAUUCAGCCGCAACGUAGCAAUAACUCAGCCAUAACGACGUAUAUAGCGCUUUACGGCCGACUUAAUGAAAACACGGAAUCGAAUUCCUACGUGGCACCGGGUUUUUGAUUAUGUGGCAUUAAAAAUUAAUGACAUUCUUGUAAAUAUGUUUUUUCUCAUAACGUAAAAAAGGUACGCUUGGUAUUAAAACAAUGGCAAUAAUAAAAUAAAGAUUUGUAUGGUUCUAGUCAGUUGUCCUAAAAUAUGUAAUGUUUGAGUAAACUUCCCCAAAAAAAAUUACAAUGGCAAGUCAAGACGUAAACAUUCAUGACAAUUGCUUUCCAAUGGGGUGAUAGUAUUGGAUUACAUUAGAUCAAAGGAUAACUUGGCUGAUCCUUUGACUAAAGGCCUAUCUAAAAAGCAAGUUGUUUUCAUUUCGAGGGGAAUGGGUCGGAAACCUAACCUAGCAACAUUGGAGAUCCCAUGGUCUAGGUUCAAUAGGCAAACUAGUUGAGGAAGACUCAAGACAUUUUACAUAUUUCUCAUUCCUAUGAAAUAAUAAUGUGUAUCCAUUGAUGAUUAAUGGUUAAAUAAUUUAUUCUUAAUAGUAUUAGUAUCUUUUAUAGAAAAGAGAUAGAAUAGACUGUCUUUAACUAACGCUACCUAUAUGAGAGUGUUGUCGUGUCGCACCUAUGAGAAUUGAUAUGGCUAAAUUAUCUAGAGCUCUCACGAAGUCAAGAUAUGUUCAAGACCAAAAUGAACACAACCGUAUAAACUAGAAAUAAGCUGAUGAGAUAUGUGUUUCACUUAUUGUCUUGUUUUACUAUAAAAUGUGGUUAAUUCAAGACUAUAGUUCAUUACCUACAAAGUAAAUCCGAUAAGUUGUUACUAGGAAAGGUUCAAGUCCAAAAGAUACCUUUUUCGAUGCAUAUUGAUUCUAUUUUCUUAAAAAUAAUUGAACUUAUUUUCUAUUCAAAUGUGAGGUAUUGUUGAGUUUGAAUAGAAAAAUGUGGGGUAUUGUUGGACUUUAUUUAAUUAAAGAAAAGAACGUUUCAGACAAAACGUGUCGGUUUUGAGUCAACAUACGCGUUGAUUAAAAGGCACCGCUUGAGUUAACGUAUGUGUUGAUUAAAGAGUCAUUAUAUAAAGUGAUCAAAUGCAAUACGAAAAAGGAAGAGAAGAAGGAGAAAAGAGAUAAGAUAACUGAUAAUCAAUUAGAUUUAAUUUUCUUCUUUUCUGUAACAAGUUUCUGAAGGAAAACUCAAAGUAAAGUUUGCUAGGAUCUCGGUACCGAUGUGUUGUACGGAGAUUGAUAGUUAUAUUCUCAAGAUAGACGCCUACGAAACUACAUACACCAUUGUAGGGGCGAAAUUCUGUCUUUGAAAAUUGCUUAGGCGAACCUCUAUCAAACCACAAUCGGUUAAGAAGUGAGAAGAAGAAACAUAAUUAUCUUGUAACUUCUUAUAAGGGUUUAUAAAUCGAGUAAAAUUUAUAAAGGUUUAUAAACUCAAACGUAUUGAGUAAGCGAGAUUGAUUUGCAUCUCUAUUUUGGAAAAACAACAACCAAUUAAUAAUUUAGAAUUCAUUUUUUAAAGAAUAUCAUAUCAUUCGUACCCAAUAAUUUCUUAAAAAUUUUAAAUCUAAAUCACUAUUCCAUAUUUACCAUUAUUUUGAAAGAAAAAAGGACAUUGAUCUAUAUGCUGAAUGUUUCGGAGUAUUUGUUGUUCAUGGUUAUCUCAUUAUACUUCAUUUGAAAUACGAAUUUUUAGCCUUGUUUGAAUGCAACAAAACUUGAAAAUGUGCAGUAAUAUCUAUAUGAUUUCGUUUCGACAGUUAAACCUAAGAUCUAGUUAUAUUAUUUUAUUAGAACAAAAGUAAAGAAAAGCAAAGAUAAUGUAAGGAAAGAGACGAGGGAGAAUAAAGUGGAGAUUGGAAAUGUGAACCCAUUUGGUGUUGGCAGUGAGUGAGAUGGAACAUCACAUGCACUUAUGCUCUCUUUUGUCCCUUUGCUCUUGGAGCUUUCACUUCUCAAAAACCUUCUUCUCUGUUUUUUCCUUGCGACUCUAAUCCAACCCCACUUCGUAUUUAAUUCUUAAAGGUCCUUUUUUUAUCGUAAUCAUGACUUAUAACUAAUGGUAUGCUAAUUUGAUCUACCAUGCAUAUAGUCUCAACUCUCAACUAUGCUUGGACAAUAGUGGCAAUUUCAAAAAAAAUAUUGUAGUCACCAAAACCAUAUUUUGUGACGUCAAUCAAUAUGAAAAAAAAAACUCCUAUAUUUUGAAAUUUGUUAUUUAAAUUUAAGAGUUAUAUUUGUUUUCUUCUCAUUAUAUUAUGUAAUACAGUCAUCGUUGAAUGUAUUAUUAUCUCUAAACAUUCUCCAGCUUACCAAAAUAUUGUAAGCAAUCUCUUGAAUUAUUACGACCAUCUCAAAAGAUGCAGCUAGUACUAUUAUAGGGGAAGUAUCAUAUAAUAUUCAAACCGACGCGUAUAAACUAUAGUGGGUCUGUAUGAUAGAUGCGUAUAUAAUAUGAUAGUUGGAGUUUGUAUAAAUUAAAUCAAAGAGUUGGAAGUGGGAUUAAUAGGUUGAUGUGGGUCUAGGGAUUCACUCCAAUUCCAAAAUAUGCAAAAGAAUGUCACUUAUCGUGAUGAGUGAUGUUCCUCGAUCCCUCUGAAAGAUUCACCUGUUACAUUCUCCUUUAUUGUCUCUAUAUUUUUCUUCUUGCAUUUUUCAUAUAAAUAUACACUUUACUUUAAUGUAAGUUAAUUGAUUAGGGAUCUAGAUUUGGUUUGCCAUCUUGACCUGCCUUGUAAGCUAAAUUUAGGGCUGGACAGAAGAUAUAUAACAUUUUCGUAAAUUUGAAAUAUUUUCUGUUUGCUCUGAUUCGUACAAAUAUUUAAACAUUUUAUAUGUUUCAUUAAUCUGAAGAAUAUUUAUAGUUCAUAUGUUUUCAUAAUUAAUACAUGUAACAAAAUGUUUUGUAUCUCAUAUUUAAGCAUUUGUACUACUUUUGGUCAAGAUACAUGCAUAUUUAAUAUGCAUAAUACAUAUUGUUGAAAAACAAAAGGCAAACAGACAAAAAAAUUCAAGAAGUGCUUUAUCACUAUUUAGAAGUUUAGUUUUUUGUUAAGAUUUAACUGAAUUUUCAUCAUCCAUCGAAUCAUGAGAAAAAAAGAACAUGAUUUUUUUGUGGUUUUCAAUUAAGAUUAGGAAAAACAAGAGAAGAACUUAAAAGAUUGUCCAAGAAGAUCAUCUCAUAAUGUGUAUUGAACUCAUUAAAAUGUUCAACCUUUAUUUUUGCUUGUGUGUUUAAUUUUUUUCUGUUGUCAUUUUCUCAUGAACUUUCUAAAAAAAGGUAAUUUCCGAUGACUUUAGAAAAGAAAAAAAGAGUCAAUUUCUCAUGAUCGGAUUUGGGAUUUAGUAUAGUGUAUAGAUAUAUGAUCAGUUCCGAUGCACAUUCAAGUAUAAAGUCCUCCAAACGGUGAACAUUGAUGUCAUUUCGUUUUGUUUAACUGACUGGAACAUCACGAUAUAUUUGAAAAAUACCACAAUAUUCUUUUCUUUUUGAGAAAAAAGAAUACCACAAUAUUCUUUAGAAAAUCGUAUUUACAACUCAACCAAAAAGGCAGUACAACCCAGCAACCAAUUGGAAACACAACGGUGGAGACCAUAGAAUAUCCAAAGACGAUGGCUGACAAACAGGUACACUAUUUCUAUUAGCAAAAGGAUUAAGAAUUUUUGUAAUCUUUUUGUUUUUGUUGAUUAAAUUAUUUCAGUACAUAUAUAGUAAGGUUCCCUUAGCAAGAGAGUCAGCUAGUACAUUCUGCUCUCUAGGCAUGAAGGUAAAAACAAAAAAAAAUUGAAAGAUAAAGAUAAAUAUUCGAUAUACAUGAAAAUUCCAAAAAAUUCCACGGGAUAUGAAUUCGAGUUGACAGCUCUAACGAGCUCCAUACAAUCGGAUCGAAACUACAUGAUAUAAGUAGAAUUGUUUUCUAAUCUAUUUUACACGAAUAUUUUAAAUUAUUGUCGUCACUAAAUCUACACAACUAAUUGAUGGCAUUUUAAACAUUUAAAUUUAAAAAUAUAUUUUAAGAAGUAGAAUAAGUGUAAACGUCCGGCAAGAGUUAAUUACCGUUUUCAAGUAAGAAUGUUUAGAUUAUUCUUAUGUGAUUUGAUUGCCAAAAAUAUAAUUUAUGUAAACUAAUAGAGUAAAUAUAUAAAUCUGUAAUAUUGUGUAAGUCGUUUUCGUAGUUUCGAAUGUUAUGGACACAACUUUUCACUAGCGGUGGGUGUUUGGGUAUCCAUUCGGAAUCGGUUCGGAUUUAUUUAGGUUUCGGAUUUUUAGGGUUAAAGAUAAACUUCAUUCAGAUAUUUAUAAUUUCGGUUCGAGUUCAGAUUUUUGCGGGUUCGGGUUCAGAUAACGAAUUUAAAUUAUUUAAAAAAAAUAUAAAUUCAUAUAUAAUUUAAAUUCUUCAAAAUAUAAAAAUAAAAUAAUAUAUCAUAUAAAUUUGAAUAAUUUAUGCUAAAAUACCUUAACUUAACAAUAUUAAUUAGUUUUUUUUACAACAAUAUUAAUUAGUUUGACUUGAAUAUUUGGAUAGAUAAUCAAUAGAUAGUUCAAUUAUUUUUAGUGUUUUUGAGUAUUUUUAACUAUUUUAAGCAUUUACUUUUGACUGUUUGUAUAUAUUCUUAACUAUUUUGGACAAAUUCAAAAUAUCUUAUAUAUUCUAGGUAUUUUAUAUAUUCAAUAUAAAUUUAAUUAAUAUAUUUAAGUAUAUAAAUCUAUUUCAGAUACAUUUUGGUACCUAAGUUAUUUUGGUUCGGGUCAAGUUCGGUUCUGGUUCUCUAAAUACCAAAAUUUUAAAUCCACUCGAAUAUUUAACAAAUUUCGGUUAGGAUUGAGUACUAUUUAUUCGGAUCAGAUUCCGUUCAGUUCUUCGGAUUCAGAUUUUUUGGCCAGUCAUACUUCUCACUAUAAAUAUGACGCAGAUAAAUUUAGUUUGUUAACAAAAACUUAUGUCAAAGAGUGGAUACUGAAAUGUUUUAUAAUAUUAAUAAAUAUUAAGAGGAUAAAGUUUUGGUAAAGAAAACUGAUAUUUUUCUUUCAAAAAUAAGUGGAGAAUGGGAUGAGACAAGAGAUUAUCUAUUUUUUGCUUGUCCUUAUUCAUUCACUGUUUGGGAAAAUCUGGUGAGAGGCUUCUUUGGCCAGAGGACAAAUCCCGACUGGACUCUCACGCUCAAUGCGAUCCAGCAGAACAGGUUGAAUCGUCUUGAUUCCAUCCUAAUUAAGAUGUUAUUUCAAACAGUCAUUUACUACAUAUGGAGAGAAAUAAAUACGAGGCGACACCAGGGCAAAUGGACGCCCACGGACCAGCUGCGAAAGGUUAUUGAUAGGUCGAUGAGGAAUAUAAUCGUGUCACUAAACUAUGGUCCGCAGUAUCGAAACGCUGGACUUUUGCAGAGAUUGUUUCAGCUCACCGGUUAGUUUAGAGGAUGGACUUUUCCAUAGAAUUAGUCACACUCUAUUCUUUAUAGUAUAUUAUACAUAGCCUGAUUCUUUUGUAAAUGAAACUCUUUCAUAUUUGAUCAAUAAAUUUGAAAUUUCAUUAAGAAAAAAGAUGUCAAAUGGUUUUUAUAUGAUUUAUUUACGUAAGUAAGUGUGUAAGGACCAAAUUUAGUACAAAGGCAUCUUGGACAUCUCUGUACAAAAUAUUAACAAACUAAUACUAGUAGUUUAUGUUAUGUACAACUAGAGAAAACCCUAGUGACAUAUACAAAAAGUUAAUGAAUAGUGGCACAAAUAAUUACAAUAAUAUAAAAUAAAGAGCUUAAGAAAACAUCUGUCAAGAAUCUUUGUGCUUCAAUCUGUGAAAGUUAAAACAGUAAUCAUAGCUUCAGUGGCCAACAGCUCUUUGUCUGUACACUGCUGGUUUCAUAAGGAUUCUCUUUUAAAGAAGUGAAGAAACAAAGAAAGAAAACAAAAUCAAAAGAGCUUAAUCAAGAAAGAUAUGUUUGGCAAUUGUGACCAGAAGAAGAAGAUGCCUAGCAUCAGCUCUCCCAAUACCAAUCCACUGGCUAUUAUGCAGAGCAAGAACAUGAUUGUGGCUCCGUCUCAUCAGCAGCAGCAACAACAGCAACCACAACUUAAAUGCCCUCGUUGCGAUUCUUCUAACACAAAGUUCUGUUACUACAACAACUACAGCCUCUCUCAGCCGCGGCACUUUUGCAAGGCUUGCAAGAGGUAUUGGACACGAGGUGGGACCCUCCGUAACGUUCCCGUAGGCGGUAGCUACCGGAAAAAUAAACGUGUGAAGCGGCCAGCAACCGCUGCCUCCACGGUCUCGAAGACUACUUCUUCAUCCCCUAAUCAUCAGAUCUCCCAUUUCUCUUCCAUGAAUCAUCAUCCCAUGCUCUAUGGUUUAUCAGAUCAUGUGAGCAGUUGUAAUAGUCUUCCAAUGAUUCCAAGCCGGUUCAAUGAUUCUUCAAAGACUUCAUCAAGUGGUUUAGAGAGUGAGUUUUUCUCAUCUGGUUUUAGUGGCCUUGGUGCUCUUGGUCUAGGGUUUCCACAUCAUAUGAGUCAUGACCACACCGCCAUUAACGGUGGCUUCAUCAACAACUCUACAGCAAACAAACCCUUUCUUCUCUCGGGGCUAUUUGGGUCUUCGGUAUCUUCAUCUUCCUCUAGUCAUCUCCAGCAUCCACACAAACCCAUGAACAAUGGUGGUGAGAUGAUGGGACAAUCCCAUCUCCAAACCCUAGCAUCACUUCAAGAUCUGCAUGUUGGAGGUAACAAUGAAGAUGUGAACAAAUUAGGGAAGCUGGGUCAGAUCUCAGGGACCAUUAGUGGAUUCAUGUCACCAUCCUCUUUAGAUCCUUCAAACUCCAACAACAUAUGGAAUAAUGCGAGUGUUGUCAAUGGAGGAUGGCUUGAUCCGACAAAUAAUAACGUUGGAUCCUCCCUUACCUCCUUGAUAUAAACCAAAACUUAUUGCUUAUAGAAUCCAUUACUAGCUGGGGUUUCAUCUUCAUCACUUUUUUUCUUUGCGUUUUGAGAUGAGAGAAGAAGCUUGGAUCAGAGAGAUAAAAUCAGGGGAAAUGUUGAUGUUAGCUACUAUAAACUCCCUCGGAUCCUCUUCAUCUCAACAUCUUCAUCACGCGUUGUUCAAGAAAAACAAAAGAGCGCUCAAGAUUGGUUCAAGGUUUACUAUGUUCGACUGUUAAGUUCACUCGAGGUAAAUUAUAUGUGUACGUAAAUAAUAUGGUCCUGACUUUCAUCAUCUUUUUUUCAUCUAUGUAAUUCGAAGGUCCACCACAUGGGUUGGUGUUUCUUUUCAUUGGAACUAGAAGGGUAAAUUUGGGUUAAAUUGAGUUUCUCAUGGGGUCAGAGAACUCAUUUCACGUUUGAUUUCUUUUUAGUUUCACAUUUCUUCUUUGGUGUGGCUUUCAUUGGGUAUACAAACAGAGGGAAGGGUGUGGUUUUGUAUUGUUAAAACUUUGGUUAUUUAUGUAAGAGUUAUGUUAUUACGGUUCUUUUGGAUACAUGUCUAUGUAUAUUUAUGUUAUAUA